UCUAUAAGAGAGCAUGUCUCCAUUACAUUUUCAUCAACUAUCAUGUCUUCUAGUUCAAAACUGAUCUUUGUCACCGGCGGGACAGGUUUCAUCGGAUUCCACAUCCUGACCCAAUUGCUGGAUAAGGGCUACUCUGUUAGGGCCGCGGCUCGAGGACCUAAAGUCGACAUCCUGAAGAAAGCUCUCUCAGUAAACUACAGCAAAAACUUCGAGGUUGUUGAAGUUGCCGAUGUCUCCUCGGGCGAUUUAAGUCAGCAUCUAAAAGGAGUUGACGCUAUCAUUCAUUCUGCAGCCCCUCUACCAGGUCGGGUUGAUCCAGAGACGGCUUUUCGGAUUAGUAUUGAGGGCUCUCUCCAUAUCAUGCGCGAGGCCGUAAGGGCCAAAAUACCUAGGGUUGUUGCUACAAGUUCUAUUGUGACAUAUCCUUUUCCGAUAGGGCCAUUUGGUGUAGACGACUGGAAUCCUAUCACCAAGGAGGAAGCUAUAGCUUCUGGGUCGCCGUUCCAUGUAUAUGUGGCCGAAAAGAAAUACUCCGACAUGGCCGUUGUUGAGUUUGCAGAGAGUCAUCCCGAGAUCGAUAUCACACUUGUUGGUCCACCUUUCAACUUCGGACCUUUUGCGCCAGGCUUCGAGCUCCUUAUAUCUGAGCCGAAUCUCAGCGCCUUGUCUACUAAUGAAUCUUUCUAUGCGCUUCUCCGACGGUCCCACACCGCUUUUCUCACUCUACCCGGCGCCAUCGAUGUCCGUGAUUCCGCGAGAGCACAUGUUCUUGCAUUGGAAUCUCGGCCAUCCUCUGAGGUAGGACGGAAGAGAUUGGCUAUCUGCUCCCUGUACGAGUCUUCAUACAAAGAUGCCCUUGAUAUCAUCGCGAAGGAGCGCCCAGAACUCAAGGACCGUCUCGCAGAUGGGAGUCAUGCGCCGGAAUGGCCUUCGUACACGCUCCCGUUGAAUUGGGAGAGGCUCGAAGAUGUACUUGGUUUGAAGGCGGAGUCGUUCAUUCCAUGGGAGAAGACGGUUCUGGAUGCCGUGGAUAGCCUCCUUCGCAUUGAAGAGAUUUGGAAGGAGAAGGGAUUCAAAGUUCCAGUAUGAAAUCUGUUUACUUACCUAUAUCUUGCGUCAUCUCUUAUCUAACUGUAGUACGGACGUCGUUACGUUUCUGUUCAGGAGCACCUACGACUAAUAAAAUCUCCUUCCUUCCUUCCUUCCUAUAUUCCGCUUGCCUUGACGUCAUACAUUCUCAGAGAACAGUAACCCUGACGUUUUCGUAGUUCGUCAUGAUAUACUUGAACCUCCCCAGAAUACCAC